AUGAACAACUGGAUAUCAAUUUCACCCGACAGGACUCUUUCUUUUCAAGGACCAUUCGAUCAACCCCGAAAGAAAUAUGUUAAUAUCCAGAAUAUAUCACCCAUGCCCAUCAAAUUUAAAAUAACUUCUACAGAUCCAGAAAAAUACUCCAUUCACCCCUCUGAGGGUGAAAUAUCUACCUCUAAUAAAGUGGAUGUAGUGGUUGAGUUAUUACCCUUCGAAUAUAGAUGGGAAGAUGAAGAAUCCCAUCGCAUUCAAGUCACGGCUUUCCAAACUGGAAACAAGAACGAAAUAAGAGAUGAAAGCCAUUUCGAUCAAAUUUUGAAAGUGAUAUUGAAACCUGGCUCUGGUGCUUCAUCAUCCCGUGAUAAACUCUCUAAAAAGAAAGGAAUAAAGAGAGAACAAAAAGAUGAGCAUAAAGAAUAUAUCAUGGAUUACCCCGGAUCGCCUAUCCUGUCUUCAUCCAUAUCCGAUCAUAUGCUGCGAGAGAAGGACCCAGAAGUCCUUAAAAGAAAUUUAGUGACUGCUGACCGAGAAUUGGAAACGGUUAGAUUACACCGAGAUAUGCUGAAGAAAGUGUACAGGAAGGCUGAUAGAGCUAGAUCAGAUAUAGACGAGAGCAGGACAACUUACAUUAAAAGAACGGUCAAGGAUAGGCUGAAAACAAUAUAUGCUAUUCAAGUGUUUACUCUAACUUUUUUACUUGUGUUCAUAAGUUUUUGCAUGUCGGAAUUUUUGAUGAAUUACGUGGUAAUCCGUGAUUUUCAAAGGCGCUAG